AUGUUUCACAUAACCAAAUGGUGCUUUCCGGGAAUUAAGGACUGGUUGACAACAUUUGUGAUCGGAUUUUUAGUAACAAGCUACUGGCGUGGGACAUGGACACUUCUGGACAUAUGGCUGUGCGACCAACCCGCAGAUGCUGGGCUUACGUCAGCUGACUCGUUUUGCUUUGCUGGCCUUCCUGAUGAAGCUGUGAAGCAUCGAAAUUCUGGGUGGCUUUCCAUGGGAAUAGGAAUGUUUUUGACUGCAAUCGGUGUCAGCCUCAUGUGGUUGGACUUUUGGAGGCCUCAGGUGUCGAAUGUAAAGCACCGAGUGCAAAUUCCAGCCCGUCGAAUUGUCAUUCGUUUCUUAUUAGUGUACACUCUGGGCAUGGCAUCCGUCAACAUAUGGCGUGGCGUUUGGUAUUUGACAGAUUAUUUUCUAUUGCCCAACAAGCUCACUGCAACUGAAUGGGGAGAUUUUCCAUUAGCAUCUUAUUGGGUCUCUUCGGUAGUUGGUUCGACAGUCUGCUUCCUUUUUUAUGCUGGCCCGUGUUUAUUGGCCCCGCCAGCAAUCUUUUUGAUUGAUGGUCCUGGAAUCAACCCACCUGAAACCAUUUUUGCCUACAUAAGGGUUCGCAACACAGUUGUUCUACUACUUCUUGGUCGGCUGAGAACUUUUAUCCUGGCUUGGGGUACGGUCAAUUUUUGGAGGGCUGUUUGGUAUAUUUGGGACGAGUUUUUGGGAGGUUCCACACAAUGGUCCUGUUGGCUGGCACAUGCUGCAUCUAUUGCGUUGCUAACAAGCUUCGGUUGCAUGUCUUGUAUUUUGGCCCCGGCUUCCACUCUCGGAGUGGACGCAGUACCUCAUAAGGAUUGUGCUGAUGAUCCUCUCUUCAGCAAUCUUCCGACCUCUUCGAAAGGGCUGAAUGUUGAUGGCUCUCCUUUAACACGCACCUCCGUGGCAAUAUCGUUGGAGAGCAAGAAUGAUGAAGGUGAAGCCUGGCGUAGCGGGGGGACGGGUCGUCGGGGAUCGUACAGCAGCGUUCGCAGCGAAGAAAUUUCUUUGUCGAACAAUUCUUAUCUCGGCCGUCAGCGUCCCGAUCUUGAUCGACGUGUCAGUCGAGCUGACCUUGUCUCUUCGGGGCAAUCUGCCUGCGAUGGACGAUGUUCUGCAAAAGACGCUUCGGUCGAAGGAGGCAACUUGACGGUGAGAGACGAUCCACUGAAAAAUCUUUACGAACAGUGGCUUGAGAACGGCGACAAAAAGGAGAAAAAACAGAAAGCAACGCUAGGCUUUGACAGUAAGGGGGAUCAGCACGAAUUCAUCCUGUCACAAAGGGGGUUUGUUGGGAUCAGCUUUUACUCGCAAGCCGCCGAAGAGAUAUCGGACAACGAAGAACCCCACGAGCCGUUGUUCUCGGGCAAAGCUGCGAAUGAGCAAGCACUCGCCAGAAGAAGAUAUCGUAGCGUUUUACCAAUCCUAUUGCACGGAGACGCCGCCUUUGCCGGGCAAGGGGUAGUCUACGAGACCAUGCAAAUGGCCGAGGUGCCCGAUUUUGAUGUCGGUGGAACCAUUCACGUCAUCAUCAACAAUCAGAUUGGCUUUACCACCAACCCCCUACAUUCGCUCUCAAUGCCCUACUCGUCGGAGUUGGGCAAGGCCUUCAAUUGCCCCAUCUUUCACUGCAACGGCGACGAUCCCCUGGCAGUAUCGACGGCACUCGAGACCGCCGUCGAAUGGCGUCACGAAUGGGGCAUGGAUGUCAUUAUCGAGAUGGUCUGCUACCGUUGUAAUGGUCCCAACAAAUUGGAUCAGCCGGCCUUUACACAACCCAAACUCUAUAAGGAAAUCUCUCAACACCCACCAACCCUGGAUAUUUUCGAAAAGUGA